AUGAAAUUUCAAGAUGUAAAAAAAUGUCAAGAAUAUAUUGAAAAACAAUCAGAAAAAGCUCGACUCAUAGUGGUUGUUAGUGGUCGGUUAGGAGAAGCAAUAGUUCCUUCUAUUCAUGAACUUCGACAAGUUAUAUCAAUUUAUGUGUAUUGCAAGGACAAAAAAAGUCAUGAACAAUGGGCUCGCAACUUUGCAAAAGUAAAAGCAGUUGUCGUUGAACUUAAUGAGCUUAUCUCUCGGAUUGAAACUGAUCACAGAAUGCAAAAAAUCGUAGAAGAACCAUUGUCAAUUAAUAUUUUUACUACAAGUACUAAUGCAAGUACAUCAACAAUAGGUACAUCAACAAUGGGUGUAAAUGGUCAGUUUGUUUUCUCUCAAGUUUUAAUUGAUUGUCUUCAGCGCAUCCAUCGUAGUGGCAACAGUCAAGUAUGGGUUAUCCGAAUGGUUUUAUGUAGUGAUAAUGAACCCGAAUUAAAAUACGUUCUUAUGAACAUGAAACAACAAUUUGGAAGUGGAAAAAUGGAUCUUCGAACAUUAGGAAGACUACUAUCGGAGAUGAGUAAAUUUGAUUUGGCUGAAAAAUAUUUCAUACGCUUGUUAGAACAACUUCCACCGAGUGACCCAUUACUUUAUGAUUUGUAUCAGGAUCUUGGUAAACUCGCAUCACAAGUCGGUAGCUUUGACAAGAGUAUGGAAUGGCGUCAAAAAGCUAUUGCGCUGCAACAACAAAAUGAGCUAGCAGGUAAGCAAUCGUAUGAGUAA